AUGAAUCGCUUGUUUCGUCCCGCCGUUGCGUCCAAAGGCCGAGCGCGGCACACUCUCAAUGCCCCUCGGCGUCAACUUCACUCCAAUGCCCGGCCGUCAACAAUUGACUCGGGCUACAUCCUCUCGCUACCCCGACUCUCAAACCCGGCGACUUCCGACGCCGCAUAUCAACGAUUACUCUCGUGGUAUCUGCCAUCAUCACUGAACGAAAAGCUCCAGCCUCGACUCAAAAAGUUCGGCGAUGAAGCGGUGUCGGACCAAGUCAACGAAUGGAUUUCCAACGCCGAGCGCCAGCCACCCUACGUCAAGAGUCGCAACGUGUGGGGUGAAAAGUACUGUUAUGACCGGUUGGUCACGAGCGAAGGUUGGAAAGCUCUAGGCAAGUGGGGGAUUCAGAACGGGGUUGUCGCAUUGGGAUAUGAGGAAGAGUUUGGACCAUAUCGUCGAAUCGCACAGCAUGCAUUUAAUUACAUCUACUCAGCUUCAUCGGCCGUUUACUCAUGCCCGGUAUCAAUGACCAGCGGCGCCGCUCGUUUGAUAUCGCAUCAGCUCAAAAAUCUGCCCCCGGCGCACCCGUUCCACGACGUCUAUCAACACAUCGUCUCCAGGGAAGGGAACUGGAUUUCGAGCCAAUGGAUGACAGAGCGCCCAGGAGGGAGUGAUGUCCAAAAUUCGGAGACUUGGGCCGAGCAUGCCCCUCUUCCAGACAAUCAAAAGACUGGAGAGAUGCAGUUCGACGAGGGAGACUGGCUGGUUUCUGGCUACAAAUUCUUCUGCUCCGCAACAGAUUGCGACAUUGCCCUGAUGCUGGCCAAAACCGAGUCCGGCCAGCUUAGUCUCUUCCUCGCUCCCACGAAGAAGAAAGUGACGUUGGAGGAUGGCAGUGUUGACGUUGUCACGAAUGGCAUUCGUUUCCACCGACUGAAGAACAAAAUGGGAACCAAAGAACUGCCUACCGCCGAGCUGGAGCUUGACAAUGUUCGGGCAUGGCUGGUUGGUCCAGUGGACCGGGGUAUUGCAACGAUUGCCACUCUGUUGAACGUGAGCAGAACACAUAACGCCAUCACCGCCCUGUCGUGCUGGCGUCGUGGCAUGGCCAUCGCAAAAGGGUUCGCACAAGCCAGAACAACCAUCAACCAGCCUUUGUGGACCUUCCCAAUGCACCUCAGACUGCUUGCAAAUAUGGAAGUCAAGUUCCAAGGCCUUUUACAGCUGGCCUUCUUCACCACUUCCAUCCUGAGCUUCGUUGACAAUGGUUUCCCUACCGAGCAGCCGGCCAACUACCCUCCGUUGCCCGAAGCGGGGGUGCAAGCGACAGUGGUCCAGCGAGCUCUCACAGCCACGGCCAAAGGCGUCAACUGCAAGAUCGGAUGUAUUGCCCUUCAAGAGUGCCAAGAGGCCAUGGGCGGUGUGGGUUACAUGGAUGAGCCUGACGAGCCGGAAUUCAACAUCUCCCGGCUGUACCGUGAUACAGCCGCCAACAUGACGUGGGAGGGCACCACAAACGUGUUGAGUAGCGAGGUGGUGAGACAUAUGCUAAAUGGAAAGAAUCUGAGCAUUUUCAGCGACUGGUUAGAAGGUAAGGUCUUAGCCGGCAUUACAGACGAAGCGCUCAAAGGGGCCUUGACCGCUUCUUGGUCCAAUCUGAGGAACAGACUCGUCCUGGGUGGCGAUGACAUGGCGGCAGCCCUGGCAGAAGGGAGACAUAUCAUGUUCAGUCUUGCGUGGGUAGUGAGCGGCAGUCUGCUGGCUCAUGAUGCACAACGAGACGGAAACUCGCUCGCGAGAGAAGUGGCUCAUCGCUGGGUCCUCGAGGGCGAUGGUGGUGUUGGCGAGUUCGUCUUUCCUGAUGUGGUACACCAGCCUACCAGCUCUGUUGUCAGCUCCAGAGAGCGGAUCAGUCGCGACUGCAGGCUGGUAUGGGGGGUCGAUCUUCCAGAGAAUCCCGCGCUGGGCUACCGAGCACCCGUGUCGAAAGCGAGCGGAGAGCCUGAGAAGCUCGUUGCGAGGGCAGAUGCAAAGUGA